AUGCACCCCUUUGACUUCGCUCCGGAGCUCGUAGAUCACAUUUUCGAUGCAUUGGCUCAUUUUCGCGAGCUCAAGCGGUUCAUGAGACUACGCCUCGUCAGCCACUUGUUCAAACAGUUCGUCGACAAACCCAUUUUCCGCCUUCGUCUUCUCGAUGUUCCGUACACAAACUUUUCCAUGCUGCAUUCGCCUGGUCGGUAUGACGCCUGGUGCAGUUUUGCCUAUGAUUAUCUGGCCUACCAAGCAUGGAUUGAGAAAGAGCCUGGUACGCAGCUCGGCCGCAUUCGACGUACCGCUGCGGCUAUCUCGGAUCAGGUUGGCGACGUGAAUCAGGCCGUUAACCAGUCUCGUCUUUCGUCUUCGUGUCGCCUCGCCCACACUGGUUCUCGCCAACGGCACGAAUAA